AGAUGCAAGUUUGUUCUGCUUUUGUGGAAACAAUACGUUGAACCUCGCAGACGCUAUCCUUGAAGGAUACAGCCCUCAUGCUUCACAUAAUUCUGCUCCAUUGCACGUGAAGCAGAACGUAAAGAGCUCUGUGCAACAGCUGCUUUCGCAUAGUGUCACUUGGUAGCAUUUGGAUUUUUCUCCAGGAAAAGCUAAAAGUGUUAACAGAGGAUCGGAUGCAUUUGUCAAUGGAUACCCUGGGAAUAGUGGACGAUAGUUGCCUGGACAACUAUGACAUUGCAAAGGGUGCUGGUUCAAGCAGUGGAGGCAGGGUCCACAGCAUUGAUGUCAUACUGGGAUUCACUAAAGACCAGGACCCUUUACUCCAUUCGGUAGGAGAUGGUGACAGCCAAAAGGCCAAUGGAGAGAACCCACAGCACACUGAGAAGCAGGUCCAGCUAGACCCAUAUGGGCAUCUUCCAGAACUUGGCGACAGCUCUCAACACUCUUCAUAUCACGAAUCAGAACUUUUCUCCAGUGACAAGUGUGAUGGAGACAUGAGUGACCUGCAGAAGAAAGUGGACGAUGCCGAGGGGUCUCCAGAGACCUUCAAAGAGGAAGAUCACACAAAGAAGAAGCACAGAAGAAACCGCACCACCUUCACCACCUAUCAGCUUCAUGAGCUGGAGCGAGCCUUCGAGAAGUCACACUACCCCGACGUCUACAGCCGUGAGGAGUUGGCAAUGAAGGUCAACUUGCCUGAGGUUCGAGUUCAGGUGUGGUUCCAGAACCGAAGGGCCAAGUGGAGACGCCAAGAAAAGAUGGACACGAGCACCAUGAAGCUCCACGAUUCCCCGAUGUUGUCCUUCAGUCGUCCCUCGAUGCCUCCCAACGCCGGUCCGGUGUCUAACCCGAUGCCCCUAGAUCCCUGGUUGACCUCGCCCAUCUCCAGUGCCACGCCCAUGCACACCAUUCCAGGGUUCAUGGGCUCACCGCAGGGCCUGCAGCCCGCUUAUGCAAGCCAUGGCUUCCUCAACACGCCGCCUGGCAUGGUCCAAGGUAUGCAGUCCAUGGGGCCACCUCCUUACCAGUGCCCUCCCAGCUUCAAUGAUAAAUACCCAAUGGAGGACGACAGGAGUUCCAGCAUCGCGGCACUCAGGAUGAAGGCCAAAGAGCACAUCCAGUCGAUGGAUAAAACCUGGCAGCACAUGUGACGUGCUGAGGCACCGUGGAUGGAUUUUUGAGCUGCUCCCUUGAAUGUUUACAGACUGCAUUUCCACUGUUUACUUCAUGUACCAAUGAAGAGGAUACAUGGCACCAAAAGAGUUUGAGAGUCUGCUGUUUUUUUUUUCUCCACUAAUGAUGAUAAACUCUCAAAUUGAACUUCUUGUGAGUUUUUUUUUUUUUUUUUAAAUUCACUUUAAAAAUGUAAUUCAUUUUGAAUGAACCAUUUUUUUAGUUAAGGAAAAAUGUUCAAAUAUCUUGGGGGGCUCACAUUUAUUUUGGGGGGAGCCCAAAAUGCUUGCGAAUGAACUCUUUCAUUUGAGAAAAAUUUUUAAACAUGAAUGUUUUGACACUUUUGAUUAGUGUCCUUGUUAAUUUUGUUUAUGUCUGACAAAUUUCACAGUAUACUGACAAAAUGAAAAUUCAUAAUAGUAUAUGAGACUGAGUAGAGCCAUGUGGUCGGUAGUAGCAACGUUUUUCCAUUUUGAGUUAUUACUUACAAAUUUCAAAACAUUUCUAUAAGUUUUUGUGGAAAUACACUUUAUAAAUACUGACCCUAACUCUGUCUACAGGUAUCUGAGUCUGAGAUCUUCCCGCUCCCUUGAAGUGAUAACAUGAAGUUUACAUUAAUGACCACUGCACUGCACUUUGAGGGUGUUUGCCGAUAUCUAAUCCUAAAGAACUGUCAUGAUUUAGUAUACAUUUGUUUUUUUCCCACAGAAUAUCUGUUUGCUGUAUUUUCAGAUUCCAUAAAGUGAGUCACCCACCUGUUAAUUUAAAUUUGGGUUCAAAAGGAACAUGAUUUUUUAAAAUUGUAUUUAAAUCAUAAAAAAUUGUCUUUUGGAGAGCAGGGAGUCCUGGUGGGAGGGGUUAUCGGAAGUCACAGAGCAUAAUCUGGUUUCGGAGGCUAAUUUAAACAGACAAGUAUACCUCUUAACACCUAAUUACUGCUUUUAAAGCGAUUAACCUCGGAUUUUCAGCCAUUGACAGAAUGCCCUCAGCUGCCCCUGAAGAACCCUUUUCAAGACCUGAUUAACUCCCCUCAAACAUGCUCGUUUAUAUUAUUUCUAAUUCACAGAUACCGCGCUACAUGCCGGUGUUAUUCUUUAUGAUGCAUGGUCUUAAGCUCUGUCCUCCCUGGUAAAAAGGGUGCUCCUUACUGCAUUGUUGACACAAUAGUCAUUUAAAUCAGGUGGAUUGAGAUUGAGGAAGUUAAUGGAUGCUGGCAGCCUCCUUUAGCUCUUGGAAGUAGCACAAUUUGAAGUAACCGUUGGACCACGACUAGAUGGAGAUGCCAUUGCACUAACGUCGCUCAGAGACAUAAAGUCAUGGUGAUGUGUCUUUUUAUGUUGUAUAUCCAUAUCUUACCCAUGCUCCCCUCUGUUUGUCAAAAUGUGUCAUUAACUAAGAUUGAUCAAUACCUGAAUCAACAAGAUUAUAUCGGUCAUACUGCAUACUCAGUGGCAAACAACUGCCACAGAAAGUCCGCUGUGGACACCAGUUGUCCUUAGUUAUCUGUAUCUCACAGCCUUUAGAAAAUGGCAACCAACAUCCACAUGGUCAGUCAUAGAGGUUUUGUUGUUUAUUUUGUUAUAAUCCCUGUUGACAACAGUGGACUUAAAAGCCAAAGAAAUAAAAAAAACAACUUUUCUUUUCACUAGGAGAAACAUUUAUAAAUGUGUGUGGAUGUUUAUUGAUUUUUUUUUUUCAUCAGUUUUCAAUAUCAUUAUAUACUAAUGUCUAGUUCUUUCAAGUUUCUAAGUUGUGACGUCCAUUUUUUUUCCAUGUGCGAGACAUAGAAUAAAGUUGCAGUAGCACUACUGUAGAAGCACUUUGAUUGUGGAUCUUGUUUUUCUUUCGGCACAUCCAUUAGUGAGCCACCAACAUGACUUAGUGCCAUUAAUGAGCGCUGGCACACAAUAGGCCAUGUAAGCUGUGACAGAGCAAGCUGGCCUGAUGGAGGCCUGUUGUGUUCCACCAGGCCUGUGGAGCUUUGCCAGGCCGUUAGGCAGAUGAGGCUCCACUCCAUCAGGCCCAACCAGGGGUGUCAGGAGGCCCCGCCUGCUCGGCUGCAGAGGCCACAAGGACUCAAGCUCUAAUUGCCCUCCAGUAGCUCGUGUGGCUUAACUGCCCCAAUUUAUUUUAGUAUGGAGGUUUGAGCACUGGUCUUUUUUUAUAUUUACGAACUUUGCAACAAUUUACUACUCAUAACCUACACUUUAUAGCCACCAUAUCCACUGUCAGAUACUUCACUACAUCUGUCCAUAGUAAAAUAGACUUGGAGGUUGGAGUAGAAACUACAGUUUUAUGAGUGUUGUUCA